CCAUUCGAUCCUUCUUAAAUUGCACACUUCUCUCUUGUUUUUAAGAGAAGAAAGACAUACGCUUUUAAAGGAAGAUCCUCACAAAAACAGAAAGUUGUCAAGUGAUGGUGUCUCGCGGUUGUUCAAUCACAGUUUUGUUUCGCUUUCUUAUAGUUCUUUUGGUGAUACAAGUACACUUUGAGAAUACAAAAGCAGCUCGACAUGCACCAGUUGUUUCGUGGUCACCACCUGAGCCGCCUAAGGAUGAUUUUGUGUGGUACCACAAGAUCAACCGCUUCAAAAACAUAGAACAAGAUGCAUUCCGACCAACCCACCAAGGUCCUAGUCAAGGUAUUGGACACAAAAACCCUCCAGGUGCUCCUUAAAAUACCAUUUGAUGCGGAGAAAUUUACUGCUUUAUCGCACACAGUUCUUCUGUUUUUCAAUCUCUUGUGCGCGGUCGUUUUAUAAGAAAGAAAAAAAAGAAGAAGAAGAGAAGAAGUUGCAUAACAAAAUCUUGUGGAGCGGACAUGCGAUCUAGAAAAUGAUUUCAGCUUUGCUUUUUACCAGAGUGAUAUAUCGUCCUUUACGAAAGGCCAUGAAGACAUCUCUUGGGUUGCUUAUAUAUAGUUUUUUGUUGUUUUGUUUUGUUUUUUGAAUUGUACGUUGAGACUUGAGUUCUUCAUUCUUUUUUAUUAGACGUUGUUUUUUUCUAUGUUAUAAAUAAAGUUAAUGAGUGAUGGG